AAUGGCACUUCUCAUCUAAUCUCGGUUCGUCUGCCUGCCAGGUUCUCCGCCACUACCUUUAUUGCUCUUUUGGCCUGCGUUAUGGCCAUCAGCCUGGUCGCCUUUACUCUACUUGACCUUUUGCCAUCGCCUCGUGGCCUGGGCGUGGAGAUUAGGCAAUACUACCUCAAAGCCAACUAUCUUGUCGGACAGAUGCCACGAGCGUCAGUUUGCCAAGUAUCUAUGAGACAAAUAAAUCGCAGCCGCUAA